AUGCCUCGUGGAUUCUCGGUCCACGUCUUCAAGCCUUCUGCGUCCUCGACACACCCAUACAAUGCAUCAGCGAAGCCCGAGCCUGCACAGCCCGCCGUCGGUGCCUGGCAGAAAUCUUCCGGUUACGCUUCUCGCUCUAACUUCGAGAGGAAGCCUUCAUUGACUCCCUCCGCCGCUUAUCGCAUUACGCAACCAGCAGUUCACCAUUUGCCGUUGGACUCAAAGCGGUCCAAAACAUCAAAAGGCUAUGGCAUAUACCCAGACGCGUCCAACGACGUAUAUGUUUAUGAGCGCUCUUUCUCCACCGCCUCUGAUGCCUUGGCGAGUUCAUCCUCGUCCUCGAGCUCUGACUCUGAUUUCGUGCCGGAGUCUACCGUCUCGACAACUGUCGAGAUAUCCUCUACUCGUGCUAGUAGUAGCACUGAGACGCUGGAGACCACCGCCCUCACUGCUCAAUAUGCAUUGACCGGUCCUCCAGCUCGACCCACUCUCACCAGGGCUCCCUCGUCGGACCGGGCACGCAUAACGCCUGACGGCUCCCGCAUAUACCCCCCUGGUCUCCUUCCGAACUCCGAGGGCAACCCGUACCGCACACUUAUCACCUCCAACCCUAAUACUGCACUGCUCCCCCGCUCGACGACAGUCGAGACGGUCUCCGAGAGCGACAGUGACACAUUUAUUGACGACGAAAUUGAUAUGCCGAUGUCUCGUCGCCCCACGAAUCCCAGACAAAGGACUGACAGCUUGCGCGAGCCACGGGCGACGAUAACUGAGCCUACCGCGAGCCUUUCGAGGAGAUAUUCUGACGAGCGGCGGGACACCUCACAACAGUCACAGCGCAUCAGGUCGUCCACGGAGGACUCCCGAGGUAUACCCUUGCCUCCUGCACCUCUUUCAUCCUCGCUUUCGCGUCAGGAGAGUCUUUCGGGUCCCCGCGCCCCUCCAGGGUUGUCCUCAACCGCCGCAAGAGCAACAGAUGGACGCGACCUAUUAGUGAGCUCGUACGGCGGUUCCCCUCCAGACGCACGACGGCCUGCGAAUAUGACAAGGGAUCCCAGUACCAGUAGGCAGGACAGCACUUCACGCAAUGAGGUCAAGCCUCCAGGCUCCUCGCCACCAUCAGCUGCGCCGCCCAUAUCCAGGGUUCCUUCCUCGAGGCAAGCUGCGCCCGCGCCGCCGUUGACAUAUGGCGCUCCCUUCUCUGAUGGAGCGUUGACCGUGGCGACCAGACGCUGUGUGCGGUGGACAGAGGACCUGAUGUGCCCAUGCCCUGUCCCACGUAACGAGCGCCGCAAGGGAUGGUUCAAUCGCCGCGGAGAUCAACUGUGGACGAAUGAUGGGAAAUACAAGUCUCCCGAACCCGGGACAGAGUACCCACCAGACCUGAUGGGAUAUCCGGAGCCCAGCUGUGGGUGGAUGAAUGAGGAAGGCGUACGCAUUGACAUGGAGCACCGUCUUGUUCCGAAGCCGCCUCUUCGAUCUGUGCUUAAGAGACCUAAGCCUGCACCCAGUGCUCAAUAG